ACUCAAAAAGAGUAAUCAAAUCAAAUCAAAGCAUUUCAAUCUUUAGCUAAAAUAAGAAAGAUAACAUUAUGUGUAUAGCAGUGUUUGUAUGGCAAGCUCAUCCUCUCUACCCUCUUAUCAUUUUCCAAAACAGAGAUGAGUAUCACAACAGGGAAACGAAGCCAUUGGGGUGGUGGGAAGAAUAUGAAAAUGGAGGGAUUUUAGGAGGAAGAGAUGAGGUGGCUGGAGGGACAUGGAUGGCUUGUUCUAAACAAGGAAGAGUGGCUUUACUUACCAAUGUUUUGGAGCUUCAUUCACUCCCUGAGGCCAGGACCCGUGGAGACCUUCCUCUGCUUUUCUUACAGAGCAGAAAAAGUCCCAAGGAAUUUGCAGAGGAAUUGGUAAAGGAGGCUCACCAGUAUAAUGGGUUCAACUUAAUUUUGGCUGAUAUAUCAUCAUCAUCUUCUUCAUCUAACUCCAUGGUUUACAUAUCAAAUCGCCCUAAAGGAGAGCCCAUUGUAGUGCAGGAGGUUCCUCCUGGCAUUCAUGUCAUUUCCAAUGCUAAGCUUAACUCUCCUUGGCACAAGGCUCAGCGGUUGGAAUUGAGGUUCAAGGAGGAGAUGAGUAGAUACCAAGAAAGUGAAAUCCCAGUGAAAGAGAUGAUUGAGAAACUAAUGAGAGACAGAGUUAAAGCUGAUAAAAGUGAGUUGCCUGGUAUAUGUGCUCUUGACUGGGAGUUCAAUCUAAGCUCUAUAUUUGUUGAAGUUGACACCCCACUGGGUCGUUAUGGAACUAGAAGCAGUGCUGCUUUGACUGCAAAAACAAAUGGUGAAGUUACCUUUUACGAGACUUAUCUGGACAAAGACAUGUGGAAGGAACAGUCUGUCAGUUACCAGAUUCAGAAGCUCCAGGACAAUGGAACCAAUCCAGAUUCAGAGGCUCUGGCUCAUAUAUAAUUUGCUUGUCUGUGCUGUGGACUGUUUGUGAAUAUGUAUAUGCAGCAUAUCUAUUAUCCACCAUAUGACUCAAGUCAUGCGUAUUUAUGUUAUAAAAGAAAGCCUUGCCAAGGCACAUUUAUCUAUAUUAAUAUUAAAAGAACAGCCCAGAUUCAUGUUUCAGAA